AUUUUUCAUUAGUUUUCGUUUUAAUUUAGAUAUGUCACAAAAUAAUAGUCAGUAAUAAAAACAAACGACACCAUAAAAUAAAAAUAAAGUUUUUACCUAACGACCAACAUCGCGGUUGUCAGCGUUGCCAGUUCAGGCUGUCAACACAAGUGACGUCACGGACGUUACAUUAUUUUGUUUCAUUAUUUUGCUUCUUCGUGGAAUGAGUGAAGGCAAAAACGAAGGACAUUUUCGCUGUAAUUUUAGUCCGUUUUGAUGAGCGUUGUAAACAGUCGAUGCCGUUAGUUGUCGUUUUAUGACGAAACGAAAAUGACUUAUCCGACUAGUUUUCGUUUCUUUCUUACAGUUUCUUAAAUAACUGUAAUAAACCCGUUCUGGAAAUCUUGAAGUGAGAGGCAUUUGUCCACUCAAGAGAUUCUUUUUUUAGUACAGAUAUUAACGUGGACAGCUCGCGCGCGCGCGUCCACGUCACUGCCCCUCACAGCUGGCGGAGUGCCAGGAGCAGCGCGAGCCCCUCCGGUCGCUUCACGAUGGCGGGAAGAAAGAAAGCGGCAGGUUCUCCGGUUGGCUGAUCCAGACUCGUCCAGUCUCGUGACAGACACCAGCUUGCCCUGUCCCUUCAACCAUUGACAGAUGCAACAGUUUCAAGCACAGAGGACCAGGACCGGCUGCAGAAGCUGACCAGCAGCACCAGUGCUGACGUGCAGAAGAAGAGAACGAUGGCAAAGUGCAGGUAGUGGAAGCCGCAAAUAACUGAGGGACAGCUGGAGGGGAAGAUGCAGCUGCCGGUGCCAAACCAGAAUUCUGGCACCAUCCGACACAGACCCAUCAUCAGCCCACCAAUCAGACCCCAGAAGGCUCCCUGAUAGUGGAGUGGGGAGGGGUGUAGGGAAUAAACAAGUGGUCAGGCUUUAGUUUUUGAGUGAAUGAAAGAAGUCAAAUGAGCUCACCGCUUCGUUCACCCUCUUGACAAACACUCCAAGCAGGAAGACGGAGGCGAUGGGAGGAGCCAGGUAGCUGGACACAGACUGGAUGUAGUCAAACAGCUGACCACUUUGUGCAGCCUGGACCACCGGAAUCCAGCAGAUACUGAUGGCAACGAUGCAUAGGACCCAGACUCUAUGGAGACAGGAAUAAUGUCUGAAGUUAUCGCCUGCUAAAAUACAGGAGGAUUUCUUAUUUCACACAGGUUGGGUACAGCAAUGUCAGUCAGUACCUUUGGUACUGGUGAAUGAAAGAAGUUCAGAAUGAGAAUGUAAACAAUUGCUCUUGAAAAGGAUUUAUGCUGCUUCACCUGCCCACUAUUAGGAGCUCUCGCUCGCUGGCUCGGGGUCGGACCCGCGUCCAGAUGUCCAAAGUGAAGAGUGUGCUGCUGCUGUUGAAGAUGGAGGCCAGCGAGGACAUGAGGGCAGCGAGCAUCACUGCCAGCAUCAGACCCCUCAACCCUACCCAGAAAUGAGCAGAGAAGAAGUCAAUGGGUUGCACCUACAACAAGAGAAACUUCCCCUCACCGCUGGGCAUGAUGGACACCACCAGUUUAGGAUAGGCAAUGUUGGAGCAGCCCACGCCGGUCCCACACACUUGCUGGCACACUUCAGGGACCACGCAGCCCACCUCGUCUGGGUACAGGACCCUGCUGAUCAUCCCCGGGAACACCAUGAGGAACAUGGGCAGCAGUUUGAGGUAGCCACACAUGAUGCAGCCGGCCUUCACAUGCGUGAGACUGCGAGCUGCAAGGCAGCGCUGCACGAUCACCUGUAGGGAUGUUCACAUGACAUUCUCAUUGGCAACAUUCUCACUGCUAUGUUUGCUACUGGCUGCUUGUCAUGCUUUAUAAUCGGGAUGUAAAUAACGUUCAUUUUCAGACAAUUUAUUCUAGAGGUUCAAGCAAGGCUGGAGCUUUAGAGGACAUUAUGGACAGGCCAUGCACAUGCACAGGUCACAUCUGAGGGACUUAUUCAACGCUUAUGUGACUUCACACCCAAAACAACCAGAGUUGAAAUAAGUUCUUAACCUGAAGCAUUGAAUAAGUGCAUGAGGUACAUUUUUGAGCACCUACCUGAUCUGUGCACCAGUACCAUCCAGCCACUAUUGCGAUCCCAAACAAGACCCCUGGCCAGGGCAGGUCCCCCGUGGUUGGGUCCCUCAGCAGACUGAAGGCAUCAGGUCGGGGAGUGUAGCAGUGGGAGGAGAUGUUGUAGCGAUGGGGCUCCAAAGACAUGAUGUUAGUUGGUAGCGCCGCGCUGUAUUUGGCUAACAGCGCGCUGUAGCCUCCCACUUUAGCAAAGGCUGGGGACCAAAUAAAAAUAUUGACAGAAUUAUUUACUGCCUCUUACCACAUUUUAACAUGGAGAGAUGUAAACUUAAAAAGAUCAAAUGGUAAAUAAGCAGAUGACAUGGGUGUUUUUUAUUUUGCAGUCUAAAUAUCUGAUCUACUGUAGUCCAACUAGACUGUUCCAUCUGCAACAGCUUUUUAUGUUGAGUAUAGACCAUUUUAAAAGUCAACUGCAGCCCCAUAAGAAAGGGUUUUAAUUUUAGUGUCACAACACAUUUGGCAACAAUCUUUCAAGUUUUAUGUGCAUCUUAAAUCUAACAAACUGUUAUUCAAAAAAACACAACCUGACACUGUGCUAUCAAUUAUUGAAGACGCAGGUAAUUCAAUAUUUUGUGUAAUGUUUAACUGUUCAAAUGUUAAUAACCAACGUGACUGAGAUGUGAGCACAAACAAGCACUUGGAAACUUUCAAUCACAGAAUAAUGCGAGUUAUUGACACAGCGGUCAACAUUUGCCAAAUGUCAAUCAUCUUUUGCGCCCUUUUACUUUUUUCACAUAUCCAGUUGAUAAGAAUUGUAUUCGAUGGAAUCACUCAACUGCAAUCUGCAUUAAGACCGCUAGAUGUCAGUAAGACUCACGCUACGCAUUAAAUUUGGUCCAUCAGUGAGUUCAGCGUUACUGCGUCAUGUGCUUGCGUGGAUGCACUCUGGUUUCCUCCCAUAGACUCAAAACACACAUACAGGAGAAAAGAUUGACACUAAAUGGUGAGUGUCUGUUUGAAUGUAAUGGACAGGUGACCUGUUCACCCACACUUCUCACCCCAAGUAGUUGGGAUAAACUCCACUAGCCGAUUGACCGACUUACUUGGUUCAUCUACCAACUUCUCCCAGAAGGACUGCACUGGAACCGACACACACACACACGGAGACACGCAGUUCACUCAACAGGGAGACACUAAUUCACAUUUGCGGACAACUGUGAUCGGCUAUGGACAUGAAUGUUUGUUUUUUUUAGAACGAUGGGCGGAAACCAGAGUAUAGGACGACUAUGCAGAGCAUAUAUUUUUGCAUUUAAAUCCAUUGUCAGUUGUUCACAUGACAAUGAUACUUACAAAACCCAGUGAGGACAAAGGCUCCAGUGAUGAUGACAAAGGUCUGGACAGUGUCUGUAUACAUCAGCGCUGCGAGACCCCCUGCAGACAUAAACAUGCUGAGAAAUGACUGACAGUAAUGGGGAAUAUGCAGAGUGGUAUUUUCUGUCGCUAAUUUCAAUUUCAAUUGGUCUUUUCAUUUGAUCAAAAACAUAUGAAUAAAACACAAAUGAUUAAACAAACAGCAGUGGACAUGCAUGGUGUUUAUUAUAAGCCUGCCACUGCUGAAAACCUCACCCACAACUCUCAAAGCACAAGAAUGAAUAAAAUGUGUCUCUCUGGUUAAAGAUAAGUCACAAAGCUAAAUCAAUGUUAUCUGUGUUUGGCCUCUGAGACCACGGCUGUCGACUGUACCGGUGACAGUGUAGAGAGCAGUGAUGAUCAACAGAGCGAUGACAGCGAUGUAGAUGUUCCACCCCAAAGCCUGCUGGAUGAAGACGGCUCCUGAAAACAUGUCCACCUGGGAGGAGCAGGCAGCUCAGCACUCAGAAGCCAAGCACUGUUUCAGACGUACUGCGGCAUCGUCAUCACCUGGCAGAGUCCAGACUGAGUCAGUCGCGUCAUUUAAAACAGCUAGAUGAAACGUUGCGACCAUGAUGCUCACGUCAGCUGUUAGGUAGACCGGGACGAAGAUCCAGCCGAGAAGAAGCAUGACGAAGAGGGCCUGAGCGUAUCUCAGUAAGCCGAGACUCCACCAGGGGGCUGGUGAACAUGGCCCUGAAGUACGGACUGACAGCAGCCAGGAGGACCCUAGUCCGGCAGGAUCCAGGACAGAAGACAUUAGAGAAGUGUGACAUCACAGAGCUGCUGAGCAUCCAGGAGGAGCUUCAGCCCUAGGACACCACGGAGAAGAAAGCAGUUGGAGGCAGGUGACUCGCAGAGAAGGCGGUAAAUGUCAAGGGAGGCUCUACGUUCACUCACCAUGAGUGAUGUAGUCUCCCAGAGGGGUGGUGCUGUCAUCGGGGAAGUCCUCCUCCUCCGAGUCGCUGUCAGAGAGAGGCUCCCCUCCUCCUCCCUCGCCAUCCUGCCACGGCUGGGGGCGCCAGGUGACUGUGCCCCCCCGCACAGCGUUCAUCUGCACCACAACACACACCGAGCUCAACACCGGCUACCAAACUGCGUCAGCCCCGAAACCAACCACAAUGAGGGUCCACGUCUUUUGUAUAGUUAACAACCUUUGCUCGUCUUCGAGUUUCCACCGUGACGCCUGUCUGCGGAGCAGCCAGCGGGAAUCGGGGUGGCACCUUGUGAGGGUGGCUCUGACCGAAGCCGCUACCUUCCGUCACCCAGUCCCGGGUCAGCAGGCUCAGCUGAGCGGGUCUGCGCUGUGUGGCGAGGGCGUCAGAGUGCUGCGUCCAGCUCCAUGAGCGACACCGCUGCUAUGGAAAACAAGCUCACAAAAGAACAAUUCCCCGUCUUCCCUGAGCAGUGACACACGUUCGUCCACCAUGACAACACAGCCAUGCUUCCUCUUUCACAGCUAUCCAGCCGACAGACAUAUUCUGGAGCCACAAAUGAAUAAAAACUAGGGGAGACUUCGGGAGCACUCGGCCGCACUUGUCAUGUCUGGACCGGAUCACAGCAGCGGUUAAUCUGCGCGCAUCUGAUUGGUUAACCUCCAACCUCUGACGUCAGCUCGUAGCAGAAUGGCGUUUAAACAUAAUUUGGAGAAUUCUUCUGGUAAAUGUUUUGUUAUACUAAUAGCCUCCAUGAUCCUGGAGACCACAGUCCUUCAGUAAAACGUAGCGACAAGGAGCCGAAUUGUGCUGUAAUUCUUCUUCCGGUGCUGCGGUUUCCGCAUUCGUGAUGCAUUCAAUGACCAUAGGACUGCAGAGUUUCAUAAUAGCCAGUCUUUAGUUUGUUGAAUCACUUUUAAAUCGUUUAAAGAUGCAUUCGAUGGCAGCGAUCAUAUGUAUAUGGUAAUAUAAUUUAUCAGAACCUAAAUAAAUUCUCAAGGCACAGAAAUAACUACAACUGUGUUCGAUAAUUUCCCACAUCGCCUGAAUGUAACGCCGUCCAACAUGGCGAGUUGCAUCAACAUGUUAUCCAGAGCUGGAGCUAGUAUUUUAAUUGCUUUUUCACCCACUGUGAGACAAGUGUCCUGCCCACUUGGCGUUCCGCUGCGCUUCUCGCACCAGAUUCGGAGUAGUUUGUAUGAGCACGUCAGGGGAGGCUACAGUGACAAGCCGGAGCUGGACAUGACAGCGGUGUGUGAGGAGACCGACAAAGUCAUCGCUAACGUGGAGAACAGGAAGGGCCAGUUGACUGGGGACCAAGUCCGCCACAUCGUUUGUGUUUGGCUGCAACUCCAGGCGGUGAGGAAAGAGAUCUCAGAGUUGGAGUUGCAGAAGAAACAGAUUGGAGAACAAGUGAAAAUGCUUGUGGGAAAGAGCGAUAAGAAAACUCUGGCUAAUAACCCAGAGUAUGUUGAAAUCCUGAAGGUGGGACGUGACAUCCGCCACAGGCUGAAUGAGCUGUACCCUAAGGAGAGCAAGCUGGAUGAGGAGCACUACACCCGAGCGCUGCUGCUGCCAAACCACACACAUCCUGACGUGCCGAUCGGCGAGGAAAGUCAAGCAAAGGUGGUGGAGUUGGUUGGACAGAAACCUGAGUUUGACUUCAAGCCCAGGGGCCACGUGGAGCUGGGAGAGACCUUGGGUCUUAUCCGACAAAGACACCUGGCCCAUGUCUCGGGCCACAGAUCCUACUAUCUGAGGGGCGUCGGUGCCAGACUUCAGACGGCGCUGCAGAACUUUGCUCUUGACACACUGCAGCGACGGGGCUUCAUUCCUAUGGUUGUGCCAGACAUGCUGCGAGGGGUCGUGUUUGAAGGGUGUGGUAUGCAGCCCAACGCCUACAGCUCUCAGGUAUAUGGACUGGACCCAGCUCGCUUCCCUGACCUCAGCCUGGCCGGGACCGGAGAGGUCGGUGUUGCAGGCUUCUUCAUGGAUCACGCGGUGAGCUGCCAGGACCUUCCAGUCAGGACUGUGUGCAGCAGCACUUGCUACAGAGCCGAGACCGACACCGGCCGAGAGACCUGGGGCCUCUACAGAGUUCACCACUUCAAUAAGGUGGAGAUGUUUGGAGUGACGGCAGACGAGACGGGAGAGGAAAGUUCCCAGCUCCUGGAUGAGUUUGUCUCUCUGCAGAAAGAGAUGUUCUCAGCGUUAGAGCUGCACUACAGAGUUCUGGACAUGCCAACGCAGGAACUGGGUCUUCCAGCGUACAGGAAGUAUGAUAUUGAAGCUUGGAUGCCAGGGAGGAACAGCUACGGCGAGAUUUCCAGUGGGUCCAACUGCACCGACUACCAGAGCAGGCGCCUGAACAUCCUGUACGAGCGCCAAGACGGCAGCAUGCAGUUUGCCCACACAGUGAACGCCACGGCCUGCGCCAUCCCCAGGACCCUCAUCGCCAUCCUGGAGACCCACCAGACCAGAGAAGGAACGGUGCGAGUGCCCAAAGCCCUACAGCCUUAUCUGGGUUUAGAAAUGAUCGAGAAGCCCAGAUACUCCCCGCUGAGGUACAUCGGACCCAACCAGCACACUAGGGCACCCAGGCCUGCUCCCAAGUCAAGAUGACUCCAGUCCCUUGGUUGAAUGAUUGACCUUAAUCUGUGCCUGGGAUUAUGAGCGGCGCAUCAUCUUCCUCACACUGUGCUUCACCGUCAUGUUGGUUCCUGGCUGAGGGACUCUGUCACUGCGCAUAUAUCCUGCGUAUCAUCAUCAUGUGAAAUCAUGUGAGUCAAAGACGUGUUUCAGUAACCGUCAGGUCGGAUGAUAGUAAACUGCUGUGAUCGUCAUGGA